AUGUUUGAAUGGACGAGUAAGACGCAGAAAGCAUUUGAGGAGUUAAAAGAGGCUAUGAUGACAGCGCCUGUGUUGGCAUUGCCUGAUUUUUCUGAAACUUUUGUGGUUGAGUCAGAUGCUUCGAGGUAUGGCGUUGGUGCAGUGUUGAUGCAGAAUCAGAGGCCUAUAGCUUACUUUAGUUCGGGUUUGACAGACAAAGAGCAGAUCAAGCCCAUCUAUGAAAGGGAAUUAAUGGCUAUAGUGUUGGCGAUACAGAAAUGGAGGCCCUAUCUAUUAGGGAGGAAGUUCAUCGUUCAUACAGAUCAAAAAAGCUUGAAAUUUUUGAUGGAACAGAGGGAGCUGUCGAUGGAAUAUCAGAAAUGGCUUAUCAAACUAAUGGGGUUUGACUUUGAGAUCAUUUACAAGCCAGGAGUGGAGAAUAAGGCAGCCGACGGGUUGUCUCUCAUUGUGUAUGAGGAAGAGAAGAUAAGCUCAGGCCAGUUGAUGUCCAUUACGGUUCCAGCAGCUUUACAAUUGCAGGACAUUUUUAAAGAGAUUUCUGAGAAUGAGCAGAUACAGAACCAAUUGAAACGAGUGGUGGAAGGCAAAGAAGAGAGGAAAGAAUUUUCAGUAGUCGAAGGAAAGUUAAUGCGGAAUGGAUGA